AUGAGAUCUUCUUCGCGUUUUGCAAUGAAACGGACGAUCGCCUUGUUUUUGAGGUCUGGUAUGCUGCAACGUUAUGAGCAAGAGGCUUUUGAGGCAUGUAGAAGACUUGAAGGAUCAAAAACUUAUCCUGGUCCUAUUCGUGCAGCUACUCCUGGAGACACUCGUUUUUAUGCUGGAAGUUUAGAAUCUAUUCUUCAAGAUACUGAUAGACAUUAUUGGAGAGCAGUAACAGAUGAUCCCCAGGUACAAUACCUUAUCCCAUUACGCAUACGAUUCAAAAUUUUUACUUGGGUCACUACUGGUUGGGAACAACGACUUCAAGUAGUUCAAAUUUUGGCUCCAAGAGAUAGUACUAUUCGCCAGGUUAUUGAAUUGGUUACUAUAGAAAAUCAAUCUCCUUAUCUCUGUACAUCACCUUUUACUCUUUCUAUAGAUGGAAAAGAAUUGGAUCCAGAAAAGAAUUUAUCAGACUAUGGAAUUACAGAACAUUCCCGGAUAGACGCAAUUGAGAAGCAAGAUCAUUUGCUUCAUAAAGAUAGCGAACGUCCGAGAGAUUGGACAAUUGAUGAGAUGACAUCAGAAUAUCUGGAAAGUAGCCCAUAUAAAGAAAUGGGAAUGCAGCCUCAACCUAAUUUGGCACCCAGAUAUGAAGCACGACCCAAGGGCUACUUUGGAAAAAAUAAUUAUAGCGGUAUGAAGCAGGAAUCUUAA